AUGUCUUCCGCUGCAGCAGUAGACUCCCUCACCGUCGCGACUAAGAAACUUCCGCUCUUGUGGGUUGUUGGCAUUCUAUUCUUCUCCUCCUCCUCCUCCUUCUAUAGCGUCGCCUCAGGACUCCUUGCGCCGGGCGGAAACGCAGCACUGAUGGGGACGACAGAAAGCUUGGCGCCCUCGGCGAUAUGCUUCACGAAGGUUGAAUCUUUGCGCGCGUCCACGAGGAUGGCCUUACCUAUCGCCUUGCUGGCCAACGUCCGGAGCUUCUCGAGCACGCCGUCGAACAACUAG